ACCUGAAGUCAGCAGGGAGAAAGGCAAACACUACAGCCUUAUUUUAGGGCCUCGGGGUGACUAUAAACAGGGUGGCCUUAAGUCCAGUCAGUCCUUAUCGCUCUCGCCGGCUUCAGGACAAGAUGAAACUCCUUGUGCUGGCUGCUCUGCUCACAGUGGGCGCCGCCGCGGAGGGCGGCAUCAGCCCGCGCGCAGUGUGGCAGUUCCGCAACAUGAUCAAGUGCACAAUCCCUGGAAGCGACCCCUUGAAAGAUUACAACAACUACGGCUGCUACUGUGGUCUGGGUGGAUCCGGUAAACCUGUGGAUGAGCUGGACAAGUGCUGCCAGACACACGACCACUGCUACGACCAAGCCAAGAAGCUGGACAGCUGCAAAUUCAUCCUGGACAACCCGUACACUAAAACAUACUCAUAUUCAUGCUCUGGAUCAGAGAUCACCUGCAGUAGCAAAAAUAAAGCAUGCCAGGCCUUCAUCUGCGAGUGUGACCGCAAAGCUGCCAUCUGCUUUUCAAAGGCUCCAUACAACAAGGAGUACAAGAACCUGGAUGAAAAGAAGUUCUGCAAAGAUUGAGUAUUGCCCCUCUAAAGCAUCAUCCCUGUGACCUUCACCUUCCACUUCACCUUUACACUGCUCCAGUAAAGCACCUUGUUGAAAGGC